UAACAGUAGAAAUACUUUAUUUGGGCGUGUGAUACUCCGAUUGCUCUCCUUUCUCCCUUCAAAGUCUCUUUCUAGAAUAGACGCAGCGCAGCGGCGGGAGUAGCAAAUCCUCGCCGUCUUCUCUGACCAAAACCCCGGAUAUUUUAAAAAGAAGAACUGAUGGCGUCCAAGUUUCAACAACUGCAAUCAAAGGCAUGCCAAGCCAAGCAGUUUAUCACCAAGCAUAGUUGUGCUCUCUACAAACAGACACUGGAGCAGAACAAGCAGUAUAUUGUGGAGCCACCCACGGUGGAAAAGUGCAAUGAAUUAUCUAAACAGCUCUUCUACACUCGUCUUGCCAGUAUCCCCACACGUAACCAGGCCUUUUGGAAGGAACUUGAUUAUGUCAAGCAGGCAUGGAAGAAUAGGCACGAAUUGAAGGUCGAGGAUGCUGGCAUCGCUGCUUUAUUUGGCCUUGAAUGCUUUGCAUGGUAUUGUGCUGGAGAGAUAGUAGGAAGGGGAUUUACGUUCACCGGUUACUAUCCCUGAAAAAAAAAACCAGUUGGGUAGAAACUGUUCAGGCCUGAACUGGUAACCGCAAUCUUUCUGUCUUGGUUAGGAUAAUCUGAGCGACUGGCACUCAAUACUGCAAGGUUUUGUCUUCCAAAACAUUUUUGAAGCUGAGAAAUCAGUGACUAAAUUUGUUUGCUGUAAUAAUUUGUGCCAAUUUUUCUACUCUCAGAGGCACCUAGGUUGAUGAACUAUAUGUUUUGAUGUUGAAACUAUCAUAAGUAACAAAAGAAAUGUUAUUAUGCGACUGCCACAUGAAUUUGAACUUC